CAAAGUAGUUACCAAAAUAAACAUUAACAACAAAAAAAACCUUAAAUUCAAUGUCUUCUUUUUUGUUCACACAAGACAUGGAUUUUGAUUCUUCAUUCUUCCAAUACCAAAACCUUAACUCUUCAUUUUCAGAACCUUUUUCAUGGGAAGAUUUCUUCAUUUUCAAUGAAGACAUCACAAACAAUAACCUCACCAUUCCAUUGAACUUCAAUGAUCAAAUCACACAAGAAAUUUCAUCCAAUUCCAAUUCUAAUUCCAUUUCCAACACUUCAGGUUCUCAAGCAAGUACAGAAUCACAAGAAGUUUCAUCCAAUUCAACUCAUGUAGCACAAUCAUCAUCACUAUCAUCACCUAAGAGGCCAUAUAGAGGAGUUAGGAGAAGACCGUGGGGGAAAUUCGCAGCCGAAAUAAGAGAUUCAACGCGAAACGGGGUUCGAGUUUGGAUUGGAACAUUUGAUACUGCUGAAGAAGCUGCAUUAGCUUAUGAUCAAGCAGCUUUAUCAACAAGAGGUUCAAUGGCAGUGUUGAAUUUUCCUGAACAAGUUGUGAGAGAAUCAUUGAAAGACAUGGUGAACAAGUGUUGGGAGAAAGAUGGUUCUUCUCCUGUUUUGGCACUAAAGAAGAAACACACUAUGAAAAGAAAGUCUAAAGCAAAUAAUUCCAAGAAGACCAAAAGGGUAGAAAGGGAAAUGAAAAAUGUUGUUUCAGAAAAUGUUUUGGUGUUGGAAGAUUUGGGUUCUGAAUAUCUAGACCAACUUCUUAGCUUGAGUACUUUUUAGUUUGUUGAGUUUUGUUCAUUACUUUUGAUUCAUGUUAGUUAAUUCUUUUGUGACUUAGUAAGUUUUUGGCAUUGGUCACUAUUCAUUCUUUCUUUUUCAUUCCCUUUGUUGGUUUUCUAUAUAUCAUUGUGUUGUAAUCAACAAGAGAGAGAAGAUAGGAAAGAAUCUAAUUGUAUAAAGUUUGUCUUUAAGAAACAUUCUAUAACAAUGGUUGUUUGAAGAUUUAAAUUAUAUAUGUUUUUAUAACCAAAAUAAUACUGAACAAUAGUAACAAGGUUAUAGCUCAUUUAAGUAAUAUCUAAUAGGUCCCACAAUAUGAGGAUAAAUAGUGUUUAAUACUAUCUUGGAAACAAAAUUAUAAAA